UCGAUAGUUUGAUGUUGUUAAGUCAGCUACAUUGGCACAACAGCGACAUGUAUUACAUUACGAAAUUAAUUCAUAAUAAUAUUUUGAAAAUAUCACUGUAUUUCCCCCCGGCGCUGAAUAAUAAUAAUAAUAAUUGUAAAAAAAACACCGCCCCUCUGUUCUGCUCUCGACGCCCCUGUGAGUACAACGAGCUCUCCCAUAGUUUAAUUCAAGCGCGUAGCAAACGUUAGCUAGUUGUUUGCUUAAUAGGUAGCAAAAGUCACUUUUGUAAAUGUUCCGAUGAAUUCAUUAGGACUUAGGUUGUCUUAGGAGAAAACAACGAACCUGACGAAAUGAACAGUAGACUGCAGGAAAUCCGCGAGCGUCAAAAACUUAGGCGGCAGCUUUUAGCUCAACAGUUGGGAGCUGAGAGUGCAGAUAGCAUUGGGGCUGUGCUGAACAGUAAGGAGGAACUAAAAGAGAUAGAAGAGACAAGAGAAACAUGCAGGGCGUCACUGGAUAAUUCUGCCCCUCCCUCCAAGAAAAAGACUCUGACAGAAAGCGAUGACACCGAGGAAGAUGUGGAGGAACAAAAACAUCGAGUCUUGUCUUCCCCGAUGCACCGCUCCCGGCAGCUGGAAAAGCAAGUGAGCCUGACUACAUUCUGCCAGCAGCAGCUGGAUGGCAGACUGAAGCAUUUUACGAAACAGAGGAAAAAAGAGGAGGUGGAAGUGCUGCCGCCUGAGGAAAGCAACCCAUACGAGGAAGUUUACAAGGACUCAAGUACUUUCCUUAAGGGUACGCAGAGUUUGAACCCUCACAAUGAUUACUGUCAGCACUUUGUCGACACAGGCCACAGGCCACAGAACUUCAUUCGUGAUGUCGGGUUGGCUGAUCGAUUUGAGGAGUACCCCAAACUGCGAGAGCUGAUCCGACUGAAGGACGAACUCAUCUCCACGACAAACACCCCUCCCAUGUACCUGCAGGCCGACCCGGAGCACUUUGACCUGCAGGAUUUAAAAAGUGAGUUUGAUGUCAUCCUACUUGAGCCGCCUUUAGAGGAAUAUUAUAGAGAGUCAGGCAUCAGCCACACAGAGCGCUUCUGGACCUGGGAUGAUAUCAUGAAGCUGGAGAUUGAAGAGAUAUCCGCCCUGCGGUCUUUCGUCUUUCUCUGGUGCGGCUCGGGUGAAGGCCUGGACUUGGGAAGAAUGUGUUUAAGGAAAUGGGGCUUCAGGCGUUGCGAAGACAUCUGCUGGAUCAAGACCAACAAGAAUAACCCAGGCAAGACAAAGGCACUGGACCCAAAAGCUGUUUUUCAGAGGACCAAGGAACAUUGCCUGAUGGGGAUCAAAGGAACGGUGCGGAGAAGCACAGAUGGCGACUUCAUCCAUGCCAACGUGGACAUCGAUUUAAUCAUCACGGAAGAGCCCGAGAUGGGAAACGUCGAAAAGCCCGUCGAGAUCUUUCACAUCAUCGAGCACUUCUGUUUGGGCCGCAGGAGGUUGCACCUUUUUGGACGAGACUCAACCAUCAGACCGGGCUGGCUGACAGUGGGCCCCACUCUAACCAACAGUAACUUCAACCCAGAGAGCUACGCCGCACAUUUCGCUUUGCCAGAAUCCCACCUCUCCGGUUGCACAGAGGAAAUCGAGCGACUGCGGCCCAAAUCGCCACCUUCUAAGAUGAAGUCUGACCGUGGUGGCGGAGCACCCAGAGGAGGGCGCAGCGGUCCGAAUGCAGGGAGAGGUGGGGAGAGAGGUCGGGAAAGAAACAGACCAAACUUCCGUGGAGACAGGGGCGGAUUCCGGGGCCGGGGAGGACCACACAGAGGCUUUCCCCCACGCUAGCGCCAUAAGGCUAACCCAACUGGCGCUAGUUAGAGGCAUCCUUAGACCUGACUGUAAACAAGUUUCUACUCAUAAAAGGCCCCUUUGAUAUCCACCCACCUGCCACAUUUGGUACACCAGCACAAUCUAAUGUGCUCUCAUGCAAGCUCCAUGUCUGGCUUCUUGACUGUAAACUCCAUUCAAGUGUUUGGCCUCCAGCAAAGUUCUUUCACAAAGAUUUUACAAACAUUCACCCAGAGUCUGAAUACACUGUUUAUCCAACA